GCUACAGGCACAGGACAGAUAAGCUCUCACUUACCCACCAUGGCUCUGCAAUCCAAAGGUUCCUCAAGGCCAAUAACCGUCCUUGGCGCCGGCAUCCUUGGUCGUCGCAUUGCAUCUGUCUUUCUCUCCGGGUCCCAUAAGGUACAUCUUUACGAUCCCAGUCGCGAUGCCCUUUCCGCCGCGGAGAUGUAUAUUGAACACACCAGACACAACUUCACCGCGUUGACGCCUGCUCCACAUCCAGAAACUGGUCAAUUGUCUUCUUUCGCCGAUCUCUCGUCGGCGCUCGAGGAUGCGUGGCUCGUGCUUGAAGCCGUUCCUGAGAAGCUUGAGCUGAAAAUCAAGACAUUCGAGGAAGUAGACAGCCAUGUUCCGGAGGAUUGUAUUAUCGCGUCGAACAGCAGCUCCUUUAAGUCGAGGCUAAUGGCUCCCGCGCUGAGUGAGAAGAGGAAAAGCAGAGUGUUGAACAUGCAUUUUGCUAUGCCACCGGAAAUUAAUACGGUUGAACUAAUGACGUGUGGGAGUACGGUCAAGGAAGUUAUAGAUGAUUUGGCAGACCUCUUAAGAAAGUGCGGAAUGCUUCCCGUCGUGGCCAGGAGGGAAAGCACUGGGUUCGUAUUCAACCGUCUCUGGGCCGCUAUCAAGCGAGAGAUCCUCUGUAUCUUGUGCGAGGAAGUUAGCACACCCAGAGAGAUUGAUCUCCUGUGGGAAAACAUGUUCUCCGCACCUGGGACUCUCUCACCGUGUCGGUUUAUGGAUCAUAUUGGAUUGGAUACCGUUGCGUUGGUUGAGGACAAUUAUGCAAAAGAGAGAGGAUUGGACGGGAGUAUGACUGUGGAGUGGUUGAGGGAUGAGUUCAUCAUCAAGGGUCGAUUAGGUGGCAAAUCCAAGCUGGGCGGUUUGUAUCCUCCCGAGCCCGAAGGCUCAGCUGCGCAGCUGUAUGUACUCGAUGCUGGAUUUGGGGCUAAUACCGCACUUGAGCGGGCCUUCUGCUCGGGACGCAUUCUUACGCUGUCUCUGAACAGCGGAGGCAUGUCAACACUUGUUAGUGGGCUGCCAUUGCCAGAUGGCAUCGAUGUCUCUCCUUCCGCGGGACGCAUGUUCUGGACGAAUAUGGGUAAUUCCAUCUCUACCCAAAGUGGAUCUUUGCAGUCUGCCCGCCUAGACGGAAGCGAUGUACAGACACUUUUGAAACCCGGAACUGUGCACACCCCGAAGCAACUCAUCGUUGAUGACGUGGAUCACAAGCUGUAUUUCUGCGAUCGCGGGGGAAUGGGCGUGCACCGGUGCAACUUUGAUGGGACGGAUCAUCAGGUAGUCGUUGAGACCGGGUCCCUCAAUAUGCCAUUAGAGAAGAAAGAUAUGACACGGUGGUGCGUGGGGAUCGCUCUCGAUCGGGCCAAUGGGUACAUCUACUGGACGCAGAAGGGGCCCAGCAAAUCUGGACAAGGACGGAUAUUCCGUGGUGGGAUCGAGGUUCCAGCUGGAAGGACGGCACAAAGCAGGGAUGACAUUGAAUGCCUGCUGGAUGGGCUCCCUGAGCCAAUUGAUUUGGAUAUCGAUAGCCAAGCACAGAUGCUGUAUUGGACGGAUCGAGGAGAGCAUCCGACAGGCUGCUCGCUCAACCGGGUCAACUUGAACGGCGAAAUCACCAAGGAGAACUUGAAGAGCAAAAUGGAGAUUCUGGCGCGACAGUUCAAUGAGCCCAUUGGUCUGAAACUAUCGAAGAAUGGCGUCUAUGUGACUGACAUGAGCGGAUGCGUGUAUCUGGUGGCCGAAGGGAAGAAGACGGUGGUGGCUCGAGGGGAAGGAUGUUUCACUGGAGUUUCCAUUCUGGAAUAA